UCGCAACAGACGACAUUGUGGUGCAAUUUCGCGUCCUACACAACGCUGAUAACACGAGUAAUCACACGACCGAUGGUUGAAUUUGAUAGCUUGGGCGGCAGUUUAAAAGGUGCAGUGUCAACCAGCUGUAAAUUGUCCCAAAUGAUCAGGUGACACGUAACACAUCUCAAUUUAAACCGAAUCUAUGAUGGCAUCGUCGAAAAAAGGUAAGGUGACAUCAGUAAAAUCUAGAAAAGGAUUAUUCCAAAAUCUGGUGUUUGUGGUGUCACACACAGAAGACCCUCACGUGACAGGGAUAAUCAAAGAGCACGGGGGUAAAGUAGCGAAAGCGCUCACAGAGAAAACAGACUUUUUCGUUCAAGGCUACAACAAGGAAGACGACGGUCGCUUGGGAGAAGCUGGCGACAAGAACGUUAGAGUGAUCUCCCCUGAAUAUCUAUACGACUGCUUGGAGUCGAGUAGAGUCCUGGAAACACACUCUCAGGCUUUGGGGCCUGUGGAGACAGGAGACGGUUUCCUUCAUUGCAUGCAUACUUCUGCCAUCGUAAAUUGCUUCAAACCACCCGGUAUACAAUGCAGAGAACGGGAAGAACUUCCACAAAGCUUUGGAGAGUUCUUGAAGACGGAGAAAUUCUUGCCUGUCUAUGAGCGUAAUACAAUAUAUCUCCUCCCGUUUGACAGAGAAUCAAGACCGAGCACAGCAAAGAAAAGAACUGCUGAUGGAGAAAUAAAAACAAAGAAGGGUUCUCUGAGCAGAAAUGUAGGAAAACAAGUUGUUCUGGACAGAAUUUGUCAAUUUUUGGUUGGGUUUUUUUGUAUGUCUGUGAAGAUUCUUCCUGCGUUAUUUUUGACAGUGGGUAAGAAAGAUGCCACGUUAAAAGCUGGCAGGUACAACUAUUCCAUUGCUGUACAUCGCACCAGGAAAAAUAACAUUCGACUGGAUGCUAUGGAAAUAAUUGGUGUUUUGGAAGAACUGCGUCCAAAGGAUGGGUUUUGUAUUCUUGGAAUAACAUCUGAGGACAUUUGCGAAGACCCGAGCGACAAAGCCCCACUUUUGGGGCGAGCUACUGGAGACCAAGCAGGGGUUCUGUCAACAUGCUACCAUGACAAAGCUAUAUCACAGAAACACCAGGCAAAGAGUGGGGACUCUCUGAGAGCAUUGCUGAACACGGCAGCUCACGAAAUAAUGCAUAUGUUCGGGAUGGAUCACUGCUCUUAUUAUUCCUGUGUCAUGAACAGCUGGUCCGACCCGACAGCUGAUCCAAGUAAACACCCAGAGAAGGUCUCUCCUCUUCACCUGUGUCCCAUUGACCUACGCAAACUUCACUAUUCUGUGGGGUUUGAUUGUGUAACCAGGUACAAAAACUUACAAAAAGUUUACUUGGAUUUUGGCAUUAAUGAAGAAGUUGAGUGGAUUGAGAAAAUCCUAGAAAUUAUUAACAAAGAAAAAAAAUAACACUUUUAAUUUAAUUGCCCCUAUAUCCUGCCGAAAAGGUGGAU